AUGCCGAGUGCCAUCAGUAAGCGCCAACAGCAGCGCAAUGAGAGGGCCCUCGCCGACCUGAUCCGGACGGUUCCUGGUAAUGACCGUUGCGCCGAUUGCGAAGCCUUGACCCCAGGAUGGGCAAGCUGGAACAUGGGUAUUUUUCUUUGCAUGCGGUGCGCCGCAAUCCAUCGCAAGCUGGGCACACAUAUCUCAAAAAUCAAAUCCUUGACAAUGGACAGUUGGUCAUCGGAACAGGUCGAUAAUAUGAAAUCCCAUGGCAAUUUGCUCAUGAACAAGAUCUUCAACCCCAAGAAUGUCAAGCCAGCCACCCCAACGGACAUCGACGAGUCCGAUUCAGUCAUGGAGCGGUUCAUUCGACAGAAAUACCAGUACCGAUCGUUGGAAGAUGGGAAACCCAAACCCCCGAGCCGCGAGGAUUCCAGCUAUACCCGGGGCAGCGAGCGGAAGCAGGAAAGAAGUUAUGACGAUUCAUACCUGCGCGACGAGUCGCCUGAGAGCUCACCUCCACCCCUCCCACCGAAAUCGGGCAGCAAGUUCUUUGGAUUCGGCCUGCGGUCAGCCUCCUCAACCUCAAACCUCCGCCGGUUCGGAACCAAGUCCAAGGGGUCGACGUCCGCAUCGGCAUCGCCCACAUAUGACCAGCGAUCAUGGUCCCCACCGCCGCUGCCGAAAAAGACUGGUCUCGGCGCACCCGUCGCCGAUGUGACAACAGCCUCGUUCGAAUCGAAAAUGGCCUCGCUACGGGAGAUGGGAUUCACCAACGAUCGACGUAAUGAGAUGGUUUUGCGUGGCCUCAAUGAGAACCUGGAUAAAUCGAUUGAGACUCUAGUCAGAUUGGGCGAGGGAAGCAACCCGGUGUCGAGAUCAAGGACUCCUGCAGCCGCCCCGGCUCCGAGUGCGGCUCCUGCAGCGGUUACGCCAAAGGUCGAGACCUCAACCAACCCGUUCGAUAUGCCGACUGCAACAGCGAAUAACCCAGCGCCGCCGCAGCCACAAACAGCAUCAUAUAACCCCUUUGACCGACUGGAUUCAACAUCCCAACCCGCCCAGCCUCUGGAGGCUUCGUUCCAAAGCCUUCAAGUGUCCCAGCCGUUGUUCCCACACUCCACCGGGGGGUAUCCUGCCCAAACCGGCUUGAUACCACAGGCUACUUACCAACAGCCCAUAACACCCCCGGCGAUGUCCACCUUUGGCCAGAAUAGCUAUGUUUCAUCUCCUCAAGCCAUGGAUAACAGCUAUAAUCCAUUCUUUCAGACCACGGCUCAGACGCAGAGCGGCGUGGGCGCUCAGUCAUUUCCUAACCCCAAUGUCCCCCAGAACAACCCAUUUUUCAACACACUGCCGCAAAACUCUGCGACUCAGCCUCAAGCGCAACAGUCUUCUGCAUCGGUCCCCGCAAUCUCAGCCCCUCGGCCGCCCCAGCAUGCAAAUACCAUGCCUGCAAUCUCCUCCACUUCACCUUUUGGUACAUCUCCAUUUGGUUCGACGCCCUCUUUUCAAACACAGCAACAACAACAACAACAGGCGCAGAGCGUGGGGCAAGGGUCCUAUAAUCCAUUCCAGCAAGCCAUGGGACUCAAUACCCCCCCGAGCCUAGGAGGUUAUCCUACCCAGUUCCAAUCUCAGCAACCCCCGCAACCACAGCAACUCUUGCCCCAAGUCACAGGCCACAUGGACAAAAGCAGCAUUCUCUCUUUAUACAAUCUCAACCAAACUCCUUCCGCCGUCCCUCCCAUUCCUUCUAUCCCCGACCACUCUCAGUUCCAGCCUGGCGCGGGAACCAGCCCUGUCCCAACUCUUAGUCCCUCUCUGAGCUCCACACCCCAGACCCAGCCGGGCUCAACCUUCCCGACACCCCAGCCUGGCUUUGGUGGCUCUAACAUGGCCUCUCGCAACCCCUUCGGUGCCGCAUCUGUUGGAUCGGGCCUGGCAGCCCAAGCGGGAAUCUCUUUGCAGCCGCCAUCUUCGGGCCUAGGCAUUGGAAUGGGUACCAGCAAUGGGGUCAACGCCCCCGCGGCACCAGCCCCAGGGAUGAACACCUCAACUUCCCCAUUUGCUGGUGGAACCUCUCCCUUCUCUGGAAGUCCUUCUCCGUUUGCCGGUGGACUCUCGCCCUUCUCGGGCCCACCCCCCGCCAACAAGGGCUUCCAGAGAACCCACAUGAGCCAACCAAGUGUGGACGUUAAUGGUUUGCAGAACGGGCGUCACAGUCCUGAUGCUUUCGCCAGCCUGAGCGCUCGCUACGGCUGA